CGGCUCCUGGGCUCCCGUGCGGCAGGAAGCGCGGGGCCUGCCCGGAACCCGGCAGCAGCCGGCGUGGUGGCCGGAGCCGGUGCCGGCCUCUCGGGCCGGGUGGCCCAGGGGCUGCGGUGGCCCAGCCGCCACGUGAGAGCCCCCCGCAGCGUGGCCAGGGCUGGCCAGGGCAUCCAGCACCAUCACAGCAGAGGAGCUGCCGGUUUCUGUGUUGCCUUUGAAAUUUGUCAAGCUAUGGAAGGAUCCCAGCGCAGAAAAACAAUCGGCACUUCGGUGGCCGGCCGCAGCUCCUGGUCCAGGCCAGCCCCACACCGCCGGAGCCCGCGGGCCCUCCGUGAUGGCGCCCUCACCGGAGCACCCAGGCCCCGACCUGGAGGGCAGAUGGCCUUCCCUGAGCAGGAACACUCUGCCUGUGGUGGAGCGAUGCCUGAGCGCCAUGCAGGCGGGGACGCAGAUGCUGAAGCUGCGCGGCGGCUCCAAGGGCCUCGUGCGCGUCUACUUCCUGGACGAGCACCGGUCCUGCAUCCGCUGGAGGCCCUCACGCAAGAACGAGAAGGCCAAGAUCUCCAUCGACUCCAUCCAGGAGGUGAGCGAGGGGCGGCAGUCGGAGAUCUUCCAGCGCUACCCGGACGGCAGCUUCGACCCCAACUGCUGCUUCAGCAUCUACCACGGCAGCCCCCGGGAGUCGCUGGACCUGGUCUCAGCUAGUGGCGCGGAGGCGCGCACCUGGGUUACAGGCCUGCGCUACCUCAUGGCCGGCAUCCGCGACGAGGACAGCCUGGCCCGCCGCCAGCGCACCAGGGACCAAUAUCCUCUCGGGUGGCGGGCGGGUCCGCGGACCACCCCUCGCUGUCCCCCGGGGGGGCUCCCCGCCCCAGCUGGCUCACACGCUUGGGAAGGGGCGCUUGGGCGGGGUCCCCACGCCUUCCUGCCCGGGGAGGGGGGAGGGGGGAGGGGAGGCGCGGCCGGCCCUGCUGGACCCACGUUGGCCCCUAACGUGGCCCCAAAGUGGCUGAAGCAGACGUUUGACGAGGCUGACAAGAACGGCGACGGCAGCCUGAGCAUCGGGGAGGUCCUGCAGCUGCUGCACAAGCUGAACGUGAACCUGCCCCGGCAGCGGGUGAAGCAGAUGUUCAGGGAGGCAGACACGGAUGACCACCAGGGGACGCUGGGCUUUGAGGAGUUCUGUGCCUUCUACAAGAUGAUGUCCACCCGCCGGGACCUCUACCUGCUCAUGCUGACCUACAGCAACCACAAGGACCACAUGGACGCCGCCGACCUGCAGCGCUUUCUGGAGGUGGAGCAGAAGAUGACAGGCGUGACCCUCGAGAGCUGCCGCGGCAUCAUCGAGCAGUUUGAGCCCUGCCCGGAGAACAAGAGUCAGGGGCUGAUGGGCAUUGACGGCUUUACCAACUACACGCGGAGCCCCGCCGGCGACAUCUUCAACCCGGAGCACCACCGCGUGCACCAGGACAUGUCGCGGCCGCUGAGCCACUACUUCAUCACCUCGUCUCACAACACCUACCUCGUGGGCGACCAGCUCAUGUCCCAGUCGAGAGUGGACAUGUACGCCUGGGUCCUGCAGGCCGGCUGCCGCUGCGUGGAGGUGGACUGCUGGGAUGGGCCUGACGGGGAGCCCAUUGUGCACCACGGCUACACUCUGACCUCCAAGAUCCUCUUCAGAGAUGUCAUUGAAACCAUCAACAAGUACGCCUUCGUCAAGAACGAGUACCCAGUGAUCCUGUCCAUCGAGAACCACUGCAGUGUUGUCCAGCAGAAGAAGAUGGCCCAGUAUCUGACUGACAUCCUUGGGGACAAGCUGGACUUGUCAUCAGUGAGCAGUGAGGAUGCCACCACGCUACCCUCUCCACAGAUGCUCAAGGGCAAGAUCCUGGUGAAGGGCAAGAAGCUCCCAGCCAGCAUCCGUGAGGAUGCCGAGGAGGGGGAGGUGUCCGACGAGGACAGCGCGGAUGAGAUGGAGGACGACUGCAAGCUCCUCCACGGGGACGCCUCCGCCAACCGGAAACGUCUGGAAAACAUCGCCAAGAGGAAACUGGAUUCCCUGAUGAAGGAGGCGAAGAUUCGGGACUGUGAGGACUCCAGCGACUUCACAGUGUCCACGCUGCCCCCACCUGGCAAACUCGGGCACAAGGCAGAGGCCAAGAAGGCCGAGGAGGACGUGGAGUCCGGGGAGGAAGCCGGAACCAGCCGACGGAACAGCCGGCUCCUCGUGGGCAGCUUCUCCAAGCGCAAGAAAAAGAGCAGCAGGCUGAAGCAGGCGGCCAGUGCGGAGGAGGGGGACGAGGACCCGGACCCCCAGGGCAGCCAGACCCGAGGGGCGGCCCGGCAGAAGAAGACCAUGAAGCUGUCCCGGGCCCUCUCGGACCUGGUCAAGUACACCAAGUCUGUGGGCAUCCGUGACGUGGAGACUGAGGUGGCGUCCAGCUGGCAGGUGUCGUCCUUCAGUGAGACCAGGGCCCAGCAGGUCCUGCAGCAGAAGCCAGCGCAGUACCUGCGCUUCAACCAGCACCAGCUCUCGCGCAUCUACCCCUCCUCCUACCGCGUAGACUCCAGCAACUACAACCCGCAGCCCUUCUGGAAUGCGGGCUGCCAGAUGGUCGCCCUCAACUACCAGUCGGAGGGGCGGAUGCUGCAGCUGAACCGGGCCAAGUUCGGUGCCAACGGCAGCUGCGGCUACGUGCUCAAGCCCCAGUGCCUGUGCCAGGGCGUCUUCAACCCCAACUCCGAGGACCCCCUGCCCGGGCAGCUCAAGAAGCAGCUGGUGCUCCGGAUCAUCAGCGGGCAGCAGCUCCCCAAGCCGCGGGACUCGAUGCUGGGGGACCGAGGGGAGAUCAUCGACCCCUUCGUGGAGGUGGAGGUCAUCGGGCUGCCCGUAGACUGCAGCAAGGAGCAGACGCGCGUGGUGGACGACAACGGAUUCAACCCCAUGUGGGAGGAGACCCUGGUGUUCACGGUGCACAUGCCUGAGCUGGCGCUCGUGCGCUUCCUUGUCUGGGACCACGACCCCAUUGGGCGUGACUUCAUCGGCCAAAGGACGCUGGCCUUCAGCAGCAUGAUGCCAGGCUAUCGGCACGUGUACCUGGAGGGCAUGGAAGAAGCCUCCAUCUUUGUCCACGUGGCCAUCAGUGACAUCAGUGGUAAGGUCAAGCAGGCUCUGGGCCUAAAAGGCCUGUUCCUCCGAGGCCCAAAGCCCGGCUCCCUGGACAGUCAUGCUGCUGGGCGGCCCCCGCCCCGGCCCUCCGUUAGCCAGCGGCUCCUACGGCGCACGGCCAGCGCCCCAACCAAGGGUCAGAAGCCAGGCCGCCAGGCCUCCCCGGAGCUGGUCCUGGGCCCGCAGCACGUGGGCUCUGAGGGGGAGGCCAGUGACACGGCAGCCUCCAGCCCUGGCCCUGCUCCAGAGGCCCCGGCCCGGGAGGAGCCGGGCAGCCGCAGCCCCCGAGACACCCGCCCCUUCUCCAUGCAGAGGUCCGUCUCCUCCCUGUGCAGCCUGGAAACCAUUGCCGAGGAGCCAGCCCCGGGUCCCGGCCCCCCUCCGCCAGGGGCCGUCUCCUGCAGCCAUGCCCCUGGAGGGCCCCGGUGCGCUGCAGGGCCGGGCGCCAAAGCGGCGGGCCCCCCAAGGGCGGCUCCGGGAGCUUCCGGGACCCUCCAGCUCAGGACCGGGAGCCAAGGGAACACGGAGCCAGCCCCUGGAAGAGGGCUGUGGGCGUGCAACGGUGGGGGCCCUGCUGGGGCCUGCAAGGGGGCCCCCAGCAGCCAGACGGACAGCAGGGGCCACCCCCGGGCUCCGGGCCAUCUGCCCAGAAGGGCCCAGAGCGAGGGGCAGGUGCCCUCGGAGUCCCUGGGCGGACGGUGGCCCCUGCCCAGGCCCUGCCCCUCUGUGUCCUUGGAUGCCACUGGCGGUGACCAGCUGUGGCAGCAGCUGGAGCCAGGCAGCCACGGUGGCAGCGUGUCCUCGUCCUCCAGCCUGUCGUCCAGUGACACGGUCAUCGACCUCUCCCUGCAGGGCCUGGGCCUGGGCCGCGAGAGCCUCCCCGGGGCCCCGGCGGGACGUCUGCCCCUGCGGCCCUGCUCGGCCUCGGCCGCCCGCCUGGACCUGCCCGCUGUGAGCAAGAGCAAGUCCAGCCCCAACCUGCAGGCUGCCAGCCAGCUGCCUGCGGGGCCCGAUGCGCCGCAGCCCUGCGCCCUGGCCCCUCGGCCGCCCUGGGGCCGCCUCCCCCUGGGGGGCCUCCCGGACUGCACUGUGGCGGCCAAGUCCAAGAGCCUCGGGGACCUGACGGCGGACGACUUCUGCCCCCGCGUGGAGAACCUGGGCCGCAGCCUGGGCCGCAGCCUGGGCCUGGCCGCAGAGAGGCCGGCAGGGCGGGGGGUGCGGCCGGACGCCCUGACGGAGCAGCUGCGCUGGCUCACGGGGUUCCAGCAGGCCGGGGACAUCACGUCGCCCACCAGCCUGGGCCCGGCCGGGCAGGGGGCGGCGGGGGGCCCGGGCUUCCUGCGGCGCUCCUCCUCCCGCAGCCAGAGCCGCGUGCGCGCCAUCGCCAGCCGGGCCCGCCAGGCCCAGGAGCGGCAGCAGAGGCUGCGGGGCCCGAGGGGACCCCCGGAGGAGGAGCGGGGCACCCCUGAGGGUGCCUGCUGUGUGGGCCAAGAGGGCUGCGGCGACGCGCUGGCCCCCGCCAAGGGCGCCCCCAGCCAGCUGUCAGGUGCUGCCACCACCGGUCUCCUGCUGAGACUCUGAGCUGCCCAGGUGCCCACGCCCCCGCCCCUGCCCCGCGCCCUCCCUGCAGCCCAGGGAUCAGCGGGGCGGUGUCUGCUCAGGAUACAGAGCCGCCCGUGCGGAGGCUGCCCGCCUGUCCCGGUGUGGCUGGGCCCCUCCGCCCCGCCCUCUUCCCGGGGAGGAGGGAGCCGGCCCAGGGCAGGGCAGGGCAGAGUUUUCACGACCUUUUAAGAUCUAUGUACACAUAGAGAGAUAUUUAAAUUUUUAGAGACAAAUCUUCUACAAUAAGAAAAUGGUGCCGUGUCCUUUUCCACGUCUCCCCCGGUUUCACCGAGUGGCGUGCGGGCGCGCGUCUGCCUGGUCUGGCCGCGCGAGGCCUGGGUUGCCUGUCGCGCGCCCACAGUGACCCGGGGCGUGGCUGUCCCCGCCCCGACUGCUGGCUUCUUCUGCGCAAACCCUGCUCCAUCUGGGACGUUGCAGACUCUUGUAAACUCCUGAACACGACUCCAAUAAACACGUCUGUGCUCGCUCCGUGUGGGCGGCCGGCCCCCACCGCGGCCGCGCACCCCACGUUCCUGGGCUGAAGCCUGUGCGAGGCCGGGGAUGCCCCCAACCUCUGCCCACAGACGGCUUGGCUGGACGUGCCCAGGGUCGGGGCCACGAGCCCCCGACACACCCGUGCCUGCCCUCCCUCUCUCCCAG